AAAAGCAUAUAUAUAUAUAUAUAUACACACACACACACACACACACAAUACGUUAUACCCACCUCCACACAAACUUAUGCAACCAAAAGUGAACAAGGCCAUAAUCUGAAGUUCUGAAUCCCAUCGACACAAAAAGAGCGUCCGAAAAUGCUCUCAAAAUCCUCACUCCUACUCCACAGAAUCAACGCCACACCCACCGACACCGCCACGCAGUGCGUGCACAACGAGUGGUUCCCUCUCACGUGCGCCACCCAAGUGCCGGACACUGUGGCGCGCUACCACACGCACGCGGUGGGGCCCAACCAGUGCUGCUCCGCCGUCGUGCAAGAGAUCUCCUCGCCGGUCGUCACCGUCUGGUCCGUGGUGCGCCGCUUCGACAACCCCCAGGCCUACAAGCACUUCGUCAAGAGCUGCCACGUCGUCGUCGGCGACGGCGACGUGGGCACCCUCCGCGAGGUCAGCGUCGUCUCCGGCCUCCCCGCCGGGCGGAGCACCGAGCGCCUCGAGAUCCUCGACGAAGAGCGUCACGUCAUCAGCUUCAGCGUCGUCGGUGGCGACCACCGCCUCGCCAACUACCGGUCGGUCACCACUCUCCACCCCUCACCCGCUGGCAACGGUACCGUCGUGAUCGAGUCCUACGUCGUCGAUGUACCGCCCGGGAACACCAGGGAAGACACUUCAGUGUUCGUCGACACCAUCGUUCGGUGCAACCUCCAGUCACUGGCUCAGAUCGCCGAGAACUCCGCCCGACCCAACAACAAGUCUUCGUCAUAAAAAGUAAAUUUUCUCAUAUUAUUAUAAAUAUUAAUACGCCGUCCUUUUUUUGUGAUUAUCCGAUGUGGGUUUCCCAAAUCAAAGAUCCAGUUAACGUCAUUAAUUAGCACUAGUUCGAUCUCAUCCCACAUUUGCUACAUAUUUUUCUGUGUAAUACACAAUAAUGUUUGAGAAUUAUGACAUAACACCUCCACUA